AUGUUUGGACAUUUUCUGCUUGCCGCGUUGGCGUUGUCUUAUCGUUUUGGCAGUGGAUCAGGAAACCCACCGCCAGGUGGUGCUCGAGUUCUGCACUUCCCUGAGCCAGAUAGCACCCUAUCAUGGUCACUACUACACACCAGUACCCCGGAUUUAAAUGCAUUCACAGCUUGUAUAUGGAUCAAAACUAUCCGCACCACAAGCGGCCCCAUUCUAUCCUACGGCUCAGAAAGUUGUCGUCGGAGUAUUGAACUUGGAUACAGCCCCGUUGGUCACGGCUACUCCGUUGUUUUGAAGGACGUUAGCGUGCUGGAUAGAAACUCUCGUGCUGAAGCGCCCCUACCAGCCGACGGGAACUGGCACCACUGGUGUGUGGUGUGGAGUGUUGCCAAGAGAGAGAUUAAUAUGUACAGGGAUGGUCUCCACACACUGAGUCGCCCUGUGAACGUUACACUUAUACCUGGAGGUGGAAAAUGGGUGGUUGGGCACACCCAUUACGAGACAACACCUGAUUGUCCUCCUAAGCAUCCAUCUUUUGUGGGGUUCGUCGGCGGCGUCAACGUCUGGGACCAUGAUAAAGUCGACAUCCCCGGCCUGGCGAUAUGUGCCAAUACUAACGAGGGGAGUCUCAUUUCUUGGGAUACUGUCACCAAAACUAACUUCAAAGUUGCAACAUAUAAGGAGUAUUGUUAA